GAAGAAGGCGCUAUUCCUCUGGAAGGAAGGAGGAGCCCAAGAAUGGAGAGAGAGAGAGGGGCAGGGCCAGCCUUCCUCCUCCUCCUCCUCCUCCUCCUCCUCUAAAUCUGGAGGGACAAGAUGGCGUCCUGGGGCCCCCGUUUCCUGCUCCGUUCCUCAGGGCUUUUCCCUCGGACCCAGGGUUCCCGAAAUGCCGCCCAGAGGCUCCUCUCCGUCCAAAGGAGGCCCUUCAGCGACACCAAAAUCCUGGUGGAGUUUGACGAAAACAAAGGGGUUGCAGUGAUGAAGAUGAAGAGUCCGCCGGUCAACAGCCUCAGCCUGGACUUCCUGACAGAGUUUGUGAUCAACCUGGAAAAGCUGGAGAACGACAAGGGCUGCCGGGGGGUCAUCUUGACCUCGGGCACCCCCCACAUCUUCUCCGCAGGGCUGGACAUUAUGGAGAUGGUGGGCAAGAGCGAGGCCCACUACACAGAGUUCUGGAAGGCUGUGCAGGAGAUGUGGCUGACCCUCUACAACUCCAGCAUGGUGACCCUUGCAGCCAUUAAUGGCUCCAGCCCGGCUGGCGGCUGCCUGAUGGCCAUGUCCUGUGACUACCGGAUCAUGGCAGACAACCCCAAGUACGGCAUCGGCCUGAAUGAGACGCAGCUGGGCAUCGUGGCUCCGUUCUGGUUCAAAGACACCAUUGUCAAUACGGUUGGGCACAGGGCAGCGGAGCGCUCCCUCCAGCUGGGCCUCCUCUAUCCUCCUGCGGAGGCCCUCAAAGUUGGCAUGGUGGAUGAGUUGGUGCCCGAAGAGAAGGUCCAGAGCAGGGCCGCGGAGGUGAUGUCUCAGUGGUUGGCCAUCCCAGGUCAUGCCCGCCAGCUCACCAAGUCCUCCAUGCGGAAGCCAACACUGGACCGCCUGGUAGCUCACCGGGACUCUGACAUCCAGAAUUUUGUCCGGUUCAUCUCCAGGGACUCCAUCCAGAGGUCCCUCCAGAGUUACAUGGAGAGCCUGAAGCAGAGGAGAGGCUGACCAAGGGAAAGGGAGAAGAACUGGGGCCCUUUGGCCUCCUCCGGAGCCAUCAGACGUUGCCUGGCAGCUCUCUCAGUCUUGGUCAUCUGGUCCCCGGUUGCCCUGCGGCCUUUGCCCCGGUGGCCCAAGUGCCUUUGCUGCCUUCUGCACUUCUGUUUGCGUGUGCGUUUUGGGGGGUGUUUGUUGUUUUUGGAGCUUCCACCAGAAUACAUAUCCCAAACUCCAUAGGAUGGAGCCAUGAGUGUUAAGGUGCGAUAAUGGUGCCAUGUGUGGGUGCCCCAUGGGUCCUUGUGGUGUCCCAAAUCUCACCAAAUGUGAAUAAACAGUUAAAACAAG